UUAUAGUUGGUCGCGAAUGGAGGAAGUUUUGUUUUGUGGUGUCGAAAAUGUCAGGCCUGUCAGAAACAGAGCGCUCUGGAUGUACAAAGAUUCUGAAGUUAAUGUCGGAAGACCACUUACUAUCGCUGUGUGACACAGUCACGAAUAAGAUGAUAGUUGUGGAAAGUUAUACAGAGGCCAUGGAAACCAUCCUCUCCUUCACUAACAAUGCUCAGGAGCUCCUGAAAAGGAAGAAGGUUUUUCGCGAACUCCUAUUCAAGUACCUGGUCAAAGAGGGCGUGGUGAUGCCCCCCAACAGCGAGAAACACCAGCUGAUGAAGAGGACACUCGAGCUUUGGUCGUCUGGGAAGACGGAUGAGACUAGACCGAGACCGAGCACAGAGGUGAAGGCUGAGGUGGCCUUUGACCCACUGGUACUUGGCCAGCAGUUCUGCCAUUGGUUCUUCCAACUCUUAAACAGUCACAACCCCUCACUGGGCCAGCCGCCUCAAGACUGGGGGCCGCAACACUUCUGGCCAGAUGUGAAGCUCCACCUCCUCUCCAGAGCUGGCAGCGAACAGAUCGAGGAUUUCCUGGGGGCUGAACUGGUUAGCCUCCGUCUGUUAGCCUUGACCAGGGAAGAGCACCUCGUCCUCAGUCCCAAUCUGCAGCCUCAAGGCUUCAGGACGCUGGCCUCCCCCCACGGCCUGGUACUGGUGUCUGUAGCUGGGACCAUCCACAGAGACAACACCUGUCUGGGCAUUUUUGAGCAAAUUUUCGGCCUCAUCCGCUCCCCACUGGAGAACAACUGCUGGAAGAUCAAGUUUGUUAACCUGAAGAUCAAAGGGCAGGACGCUCUGGGGGGGACUGAGAUGGUAGCGCCUGCCUUGAGUUACAGCUCAACUGAAUUGCAGCUUCUAUGCAAUUGAUAACACUUGUUAUUUUACAUUAUUUACCCAGAUAAAAUGCUCUUUCGGUACUCGUCUAACUUCCCCAAAAAGGUUUAUCCAGGGAGUUGUUUUCAGAGAUUAGGACCUGGCAACUUGUACUGGACAAACUCCUCUUCUACCUUUUUUUAAUUUAUUUUAGUGUGUCAAGGUGUACAGGUAGGUGGACAUCUAAAAGUUAUUUGCACUUCACUGAUGUAACAAACAGAAAUGACAAAGCUUGAGAAAAGUUUCCCUUGUUGUUUUCUACUUUCCAGACAAUUAAAAUCUCAACUGCUUCUGUUCACAUUUAGCAUCAAAUGCACUGUCCCUUGAUUCUAAGUUGUGCUUCAGCCCCCUGUGCAUUGCAUACGAUAAAAUGUAAAUACAGAUUUGAAUGUGGUUUUGUAAAUAUGUAUAAUAUCACAUAUGAAAAUUAUUUUAACAUGUGUGUCCACUUGCUCCGCAAACAAUCACCACGAGCAAACGAUACAUAUUGUGUGUUUUUAUUUGCCACUGUGCUUUCAUGGGAUGAGUAGAGGUCCAUAAUGUUUACAGGUUUGUGUCAAACGAGCUCACAGACUGAGCGUAGUCAUGCAAAGGGUAUGUCUUAAUGUCAAAAAUCGGAGCAGUGAACCGAUGUCCUGGUUGGCCUCAGAUCUCUGGUCUGCCCUCGUGGUGAUGCGUACUGGGGGCUGUAGAUGCAGCAAAUACUAUUAAAGCAUGUCUCAUGUGAUAUACUUUCUAUACAUCAGCAUUUUAAGUUUGAUUUAUUUCUCUCAUUGCCAUUUUAUACAAGAAUAUACCUGUAGUUCCCAUACAUUUAAAUACUGGGGCUCAGAGAGCCAGUGUGUAGCAUUUUAACCUAUUAACAGAUAUGUUUUCAUUAGCGUAUAAUCAGCUGAAACGAAGAAUCGUUUUGUUUUUCUCCGCUCAACAUGAGCCCUUCAUAGCUACAUGGGAAGUGGGUCCUCCUCAGAGUUCUUUGCCAUGUUUCUACGGUUUAAUUUGCCAUUUUUGUCAUCUUUUCAGCUAAAUUGUCAAUUGUGCGACGCUUCCUUGAUGAUGGCCGUUUCUGAAUUACUUUAGUUGGGGCACUGCAUAUAUUGUUGGCAAAAUGUGAGACAAAUAUGAGUUAUUCAUGAUUCUCAGCAGUAGUGUAGAAUAUCUGGCUCAAUAUAGAGUACCAUUCUUAUGACAGUUCACAGUUUGAUAAGCACAGCUGUGGGGGAGGAUGACAGCCCAGUUGUUAAGUGCGUAUUUGUUUCCUGUGUGUUCUCUUUAUCCCGAGGCAUGGAGUAAUUUUGCACAUCAUUCGCGUGAUGGAUGUGAGUCUCAUUUUGCCUCAACCAAAACGGAACGAGAAAUGCAUUGAAUGACUGUAUUUGAUCAUGAGGAGGCCGGAUGCAGAGCUCUCCCGUGGCUCAGAGCUGAUGUUGUAUUGAAUGGCCAAGAAAAUUAGUGGAAUCACAUCAUUCACCAAAGUAUUCUCAAGAUGAACUGAUCCCUGCUUUCCUCACAGAGAUGUGACGCUCCGUGUUCUUCCUGGUGUUUUCCUAAAAAGAAACACAUUUUUCUUUGGUGUUCAAAGUGAGAAUGUAUAACUAGAAUACAAUUUUUUGUCCCCA